GGUUGUUUCCCUGUCCCAAAAUGGCGGCGCUCAGUGGUGCUUCUGUGGAAGGGAAUGGCGGGGAGUGAAGCCUGAGGGAGCGGGCCGGGAGCGCGGAGGGGGAUGAGGUGACGCCGCUAUGGCGAGCGACGGGGGCAGGAAGCAGUUCUGGAAGCGGAGCGGCGCGAAGGUGCCGGGCAGUAUCCAACAUGUGUACGGAGCUCAGCAUCCACCUUUUGACCCAUUAUUGCAUGGAACCUUGAUAAAACCAGGUUCAAAGCCACCUACAACUCCAGUGAAAUUGAAGAAAGUCAGCACCUUCCAAGAAUUUGAAAGUAACACAAGUGAUGCUUGGGAUCUUGGAGAUGAUGAUGAUGAACUCUUAGCAGUAGCUGCUGAGAACUUAAAUACAGAAGUGGUCAUGGAAACAGCUCACAAAGUAAUUCAGAAUCACAGCAAGCUACAAGAACAGCAUAAAUUUCAGGAAGAACAUCUACAGGAAGAAAAACAAGAGGAAUUUGCACAGCUGACUUCAGUUGCAUGUGGUGAUAAUAGGCUUGUUAAAUCAGUCAGUGAAGGUCAUACAUCGAGUUCGUUAGAUAGUGCUAGUGAAAAUUCUUCCAUGCAGAGGUCACAGUCACUUCCUCAAACUUCCAUACCUCCCUUGGCAAGUGGAAUGGCAGACUACAGCACUUCAGUUACUCCUGCAUUAACUGAGAGAGAAGCAUCUCGACUGGACAAAUUUAAGCAGCUACUUGCUGGCCCAAAUACAGAUCUUGAUGAAUUGAGAAAAUUGAGUUGGUCUGGCAUUCCCAAACGGGUUCGUCCAAUUGCAUGGAAGCUUCUUUCAGGCUAUCUUCCUGCAAAUGUGGACCGAAGAGAAAGCACUUUACAAAGAAAACGCAAAGAGUAUUUUGCAUUUGUUGAACAAUACUAUGGUUCCAGAAAUGAUGAAAACCACCAAGAUACCUACAGACAGAUCCACAUAGAUAUACCACGCAUGAGUCCUGAAGUUUUAAGACUUCAGCCCAAAGUAACAGAGAUCUUUGAAAGAAUUUUGUUUAUCUGGGCAAUACGUCAUCCAGCCAGUGGAUAUGUUCAGGGCAUAAAUGAUCUUGUCACUCCUUUUUUUGUAGUCUUCGUUUGUGAAUACAUAGAAGAAGAAGAAGUGGAAAAUUUUGAUGUUUCCAGUCUGCCUGAAGAAGUGCUUCAGAACAUAGAAGCUGACAGUUACUGGUGCAUGAGCAAGUUGCUUGAUGGCAUUCAGGAUAACUACACGUUUGCACAGCCAGGAAUCCAAAAGAAAGUGAAGAUGUUGGAAGAACUUGUUAGUCGGAUUGAUGAACAAGUUCAUAGGCACUUGGAUCAGCAUGAGGUGAAAUACUUGCAAUUUGCUUUCCGUUGGAUGAAUAACUUGCUGAUGAGAGAAGUCCCUUUACGGUGUACCAUCAGGUUAUGGGACACAUACCAAUCUGAACCAGAGGGUUUUUCUCACUUUCAUUUGUACGUCUGUGCUGCCUUCCUUGUCAGGUGGAGGAAAGAGAUCCUGGAGGAGAAAGAUUUUCAAGAGUUACUGAUAUUUUUACAGAAUUUGCCCACAGUACACUGGGGAAAUGAAGACAUCAGUGUGCUCCUAGCAGAGGCCUACAGACUGAAGUUUGCAUUUGCGGACGCCCCCAAUCAUUACAAGAAGUGAAUAUAAAGAGACAGAAAUCAUUAGAAGCAACGUGUUCUGCAGUAUUAUGGCAUCUGUUGUUCUGGUUAUGCUUUCAGCUCUUUGCUCUUUCAUUUGAAGUAAGAUGACCAUUAAAAUUCUGUUGGAAUUUGCAGAAUGAGAACAGAAUACCAAAGAAGUGGACAAGGCAGGAUAUCGAGCACUGCAUGAACUUAAAAGUGAAUUUUUUUGCUCAGCAUGAAAAAUGAGUUCAGAAGUCUUAUAAUUUUCUUCUUUUUUCCCCUUCUCUAAAUAGAAUAGUUGUCUCUCUUAUUUAUGUUGAGCAGUUUUUCAAUUGUACUUUAAACUUAAAACUACUUAUGGAAUGAUUUUGUCCUUACUUCAGUGUCACCUGCCAGGACUAUAUCAGCCAGUUUUGGUUGGUGAAGUCUACUUUGAGUGGCAAAAAAGAACUUUUCCUUGAUCAUAUAGACCAUAUGAGACAGCAAGGCCUGUGCUUUGGGGUCUGGUUAUAACUCAAAAGACACUGAUAUUAGCACACCAUCUGUUGUUUUCCAUGGAAUUAGGUUAGAUUGCUUCUAUGAUAUAAGAAUAUAGAAGGUUGUAAUGGAAAUUGGUGGCAUUUUUCUAAACAUUAUUCAGUCUUGAAGGAUGCUAUAGAAGCUUUUUAGCCAUAAAAAGGAGUUACUUAAGGCUGAAGACUCAUCUAUUACACUGAAAUAAGUCCCUCUUGAUAUAUUCUGGAGUGCUUUAAAAUAGUGAAUUAAACAGAAGGCAUGGUCUUGUCUAAGUAAUUAAAGUUUCUCUUUUAAGGCCUUGCAAUUUUUCAGCAUGAAAUUUCACUUUUAAGAAAUGUAUUAAGAAGCUUGGUUUACUAAGCAAGAUAUAUUUUUAUCUCAGUUGUUGCCUUAUUCUCCAUUUCUAGCGAUUAGAAAAGGAAAAUUAAUAUAUCUUUCCAAAGCUUUUGUGUUAAAUAAUUUAAUACCCUUUUCCUGAUUAUUCAGAGGAGGAGAGCUAGCUCCCAACAACAAUAACAGUAACUGUAUACUCAGAUUGCUUGUGGGUCAUUAGCAGAACAAAAAUGCUCUAUGAGUUUAUAGACUAAAAUUAAUGUUUCUUCAUAUAACCAUGGAAUACUGAAUAUUUUCUUAAAACUUACAUAAUUCAAGUGCACUGUUUUCUUUCAAGAAAUAUUUUCUGAUAAGAAUUCUAAUUUUGCUCUGUUGGAUGUAAAUAACUCAUAUUAAUUUGUGCCUACCAUACACAUAGCAGGUUAUGAAGGGUGGGAGUUGCAAUAAGCAAUACACUUAAAAAUUCAGACUUACUAUUCCUCAGUUUGGUUCUUGAGUUGCACAGCGUUGCACAGAAAGUGUAGUGCACUUUUAAGUUUGGGAAAUAAAAAAACUUCAAGAGAUUUUCUCUUAUGACUUGUUAUUGAAAGAUUAUUUUCAACUUCUUAAAAAUAUGUAGAUACAUAUUUUGAAGAGAGCUUUCUAAAUGUAUUAGUUACAUUACUUGCUUUAGGGGCCUUAGUUCUUCACACAGACUUCAUAAUAAUUAGGUGUUUCAGGGUAAAUAAAGUGAAAUACAUUUUUACCACCAUGUGAUUGUGAGACCAUCUAUAUUUAAAAGUAAAUGAAAUCUUUGGUAGAAGAUAAAAAAAAUUAUUUCAGAAACCUGGUUUGGCAACUAGGAUGCAUUUUGUUUCCACUGGCGUCAGCUGGGUGUUUCAGUUGUGAUGGAUACAGGGUCAGGCCUCCCAGGUGGCUGCAUUUGUGCCUGGAAUGUGUAGUGGAACUGUGCUUCUUACAUGUCUGUGUACUGCUUUCUGUAACUUCAGUUUGUGGUCUAAUGUAUCAAAAUUUAUGUUUACAAGGAAUGUCAUAUUGUGCCUAACAGUGUCUACCAAUAGCAGAAUAAAAGUAACAAUGAAAUC